AAGUUUUAUGAUCUAGCUAGGUUAGCCGAGAUGGACCGCGAAGAUUUGAAGAAGUACUACGAUCUACUAGGGAUCCAGGAUCAAUCUUCAAGAGGGCUCGUCAAGAAGGCUUUUAUUCGCAAGGCUUUGCAGCAUCACCCGGACAAGCAUCCUGGCGAACCGACGGAAUUGUUUCAACGCCUUUGUGCUGCAUAUUGGAAAGUGUCUUCCACUAAGCCAAUGCCAAGUUGUGACAAGAUAUUUUUCGGCUGUUUUGUUGAUGUAGAAGAUGCUAAAUUGUUAAAAAGACAGCCAACAGAGUUGUUUGACUCAGAAGAGCAGUUUCAAGACUUUGAGUCAAUUGUGCAGAGUCGUCGCAGUAGAGGCAAGUAUAUUCCAUCUGAACUAACAGACAGAGAAAUUGCAAUUUUUGGGAAGUCGUUCAGAGAUGUUGUAAAGGAUACAGUAGUGCAGCAGUUAGACAGAGACAUUGUUGAUGAUUCAAGGAAAGCAAAGCAAAAGCCAAAACCCGCAGGAGCACCAGCAGUUGUGGCUAAGCCUAAACCCAAAACAAAGAAACAACUGCAAGCAGAGCAGAGGAGAAGAGAAAAAGAGAUGGCACAGAUUGCUGCUCAGCUUGAGGAAAAGGCUAAACUAGAUGAAGAAAAGGCCGAACAACGGAAGCAAGCUGAAGCUGAGCGACUAAAGAAACAAGAAGAAGAAAGAAUCAAGCAGCUUGCAGAGAUGAAAAGAAAAGAGAGAGAGGCAAAAGAGAAACAACCUCAAGUUUCCAGUAGAAAGAGAGAAAAAGAAACAGCUUCUGAGCAACUUCAACUAAAGCAGCAGCCAAAGAAACGAGACAGCAAAGACAAAGAAGGCAAACGACAAGAAAACAAGCAGGUAUCAAGCAAGAAAGAAGACUUUAGUCGAGCAAAGCGAAAACAACCUUCAAAGCAAGUGCAACAAGAUGCUACACAACGUCAUCAAUCUAGACAGACGGCUCCACGUCGACAACAGCAGCUGCAGCAACAACAGCAACAACUGCAACAAGCACAACAGCUCAACAGCAGGAGUCAAUAUGAAGUCCCACCAAGGUUUAGGCAACGACAGGCACAACAGCAGCAAAUGCAGCAGCCACAACAACAGCACGAUGGAUCAAAACAUCAACAAUCUGAGAUGAAACACGGAGAUGUGCCACAGCCACAGAAUUCUGAUGAAGUUUCUCAUGUGGAAGAUGUUGACUUGGUUGCUUCAGUGAAGCAGUGGACAGGGCCGACAUCCAAUGGUGGUGUUAAGAUGAACACAAUAGAGACAUUGGACUCGGAAAUAGGUGAGUGUAUGAAGGAGGAGCAGUUUGAUGAUUCUGAUAGAAGAGAUGAGUCACUGAGUGGCAGUGCUAACACACUUGAUUUACUAAGCAGCGGACUGACCGAACUGAGGGAGCCUAUGUGUCCUAUAUCUGACACUGCAUCACUGUUGACUUCAUCCAAUUGGGCUUCACGUCCUUCAUCGCAGACUGGUUCACUAGCAACAGGCAUCAGUAGUGCGUGGAGUGUAAAUGGGAGUACAUCAUGGGAUCCGUCACUUGUUGCUACAAGUCACACUGAUCUUGAAGCAUGCAGUGUCUCUGCUGUGUCAUCACAAACAGCCUGGGAAGCACAACACAAACCAAAUGCAAGAGAGACAAGUGAAUUGGGAUCAGUCUGGAACAAGGCAGAAGGACGACGGAAGGUGGCUGUUGGAACAUCAGGAUCUGAAGGAAAAUCUGAGCAGCCACGAACUGAAGCUGCUAUGCUUGGACAUUUAUUGGACAUGGGUUUUGAGGAAGGGCAGGCAUUGAAGGCACUGAGAAAUAACCCAAGCAAUUUUGAGGGAGCAUUAGGCGACUUGCUUGCUUUAGCUGCUGUUGAAGAACAAAGUGCAGUUGAGCAGGAAUCAUUACCUUCUCCAGCACAUGCUUCUGGGCCAACAGUGGAUGCUGUACACAAGGAGACUGAGUCCAAUCAGACUGCAGUGGAUGAGCAAGAGCCUCCCCCUCUGCGUGCACCAACAAGUUGUGUUCCCGAGCAGUCCUUGUCUGUUGAGCAAUCUUUGUCUAUUGAGACUUCACUAUCAUUUUCUCCUGACAAGAAUGAAUCAACUCAGUUGGUAAUAGCAGAACCCUCAAGUUCGGUUCCUAGUUCUGGAGAAGGAACAGUGACUAGUCAGAAACAAGCUCCUCCUAUACAGCCUAUAUUGCAGCAGCUGGUGCUACAGCUACAGCUGCAACAACUUACACCGCAAAUUCUUGCAUCUCAACUUAUGGCUCUACAACAGGCUCAAGAGAAAGAGAACAAGCUAAACAGUGUGAAGGAUAACAAGCAGCAAGUUACUCCUCUAAUAGCCGGUGCUCAGUUACUUCUGCAGCAACAACAGCAACAGCAGCAGUUAAGUUGGCUCCUUAGUUUGCUCCAAGGGUUUCAGGGAUUGUCCAACCCAUUGACGUUUCCUCAGCUUCAAGGAGGAUCAUUGUCGUUUCCGCCACAAGGCAUUCCAAACCUUUUGCAGCAACUGCAGCAGACUCCACAAGUACGGGAGCAGGUUGACCAGAAACCAGUAGAAAGUUUGCCAUCUGGAAACACAGUGCAAAUGAAAAACAAACCAUUCAGUGGUAGUUUCAGUCAAACGACAUCAACAGCAAGUAAUUCAGAAGCGUUUAAGUUGGGAUUAAUAACCACUGAAGCAAUAAGGUCAGAAUCUACAACUUCCGUAGUGAUGGCUUCACCAAUAACAAAUGUGGGAGUGACAAAUGCAGGACCCCAGGCAGCAGUGAAUAAAUCGGUAGACUCAAACGCUGAUCACAAUCAGGGGCCACGUCUCUUGAAACUAUUGAUGGGUCAGAGUGUCUCUGAAUCUAAUAGCAAUCUACAACAACUGGGAUCACAACAAAACACUACAACACCUUCAUUUUUAUCACCCGAUGGCUGGCCGUCUUUCAGCAGUAGUGACCUGUUGAAUAAAGGUUCACUAACAGGUAAGAAUCCUUGGGGAUCUGACGGAUUGACGUCAACUUUAUCAAGCCUUGGAAGUCAGUCUGUAGAAUCAGAAGCAAAGCUUGAAAUGCAAUCUUUAGGAGAACCACCAGUUGACAUUCAGCUGGAUUUUCUUACAAGCCCAGAUGAAUUGAGAGUUUCUCGUGAAGAAGGAAAGACACCUGAUUCCCCCCACUGGUCUCUCACUGAUAAGACUGUAGCUCACAUUGGGCCACCUGCAUUUGAACCAGGAAAGAUUUGGCCAGGCCUGUCUGGAGAUGAAGGAGACAACAAAAAGGAGACAGAUACUAAAGGAGAAACUGGAAGUGAAAUUCCGGCUCUUGUAGUCAAGCCACAGACACGGACAACAGACUACCAAGCAGCUCUUCCUGUUCAGACUCCAUCGCAAUCAAAUGUAGCACCAACACAAGUACCUCAGCAGCCAACAGCAAGAAAGUGGUCAUCAGGGGUGGAUGGUCCACUACAGCCGAAAGGUCCACUACUAGCAACACCACCAUAUCCACCAACUGUUGCUGUCCACCCAAGCAGUACUGGUAGGCCAUUGGCACCACCAUUUCCAGCUGGUCUUCAAACUAGUUUGCCAUUUACUCUUCCUGCUGACUUUUCUAAUGUGCCUCAGAAGCAAGGGAUUCUUGGUGCCCAUCCUCUUCCUAAUCGCCCUCAACUUUCAGGUACUUUUCCGGUUGCAUUUCCUGGAUUGCUACCAGUGCUACCGCCUAAUGGGAGGCCAACUCGUCCUCCAGGCAUUCCUAAAAGUCACACAAAGUCUGUUGCCUCUGUGCGACCAGUACCUCACAUGGGACCACAUUCAACUCAUCCGAUAGUUAAACCAGGACCACGUGUAACAACAGUGACUGCAUCAAUUCCACCAGUCACAUGGGCAAAUAAUUCUACUCAUCAUAGUGCAGUCAGUAGCCAGAAACAGUUUAAUGGAAUGCUGUCUACUAGUAGCAAACCAGAAGUCAGGUUUGUUUCUGAGCAGCAGGUAGCAUCAUCACCUGAUUCACCUCAAUUACAAACGUCGUGGGUGUUGUUGAAGAACAUUCCUAAACAGUUUGACAUGGAUACUCUUCGUUCAUUCUGCCAGCAGCAUGGACCCCUAAAGGCAUUUGAACCUAAUUCCCAAAAUGGCUCAGCACUGGUGAAGUACAGCAGCACUAAUGAAGCACUACGAGCCAAAUCACGUCUUCACCUGUGUCCUCUUGGGGGAGCUCGAAUUGAUGCUUAUCUCGUUGGUGAAACUGACCUAGCUCUUUUCUAUGAGCAGCUUCCUGCUGCACCAGUAGCUCGAAGUUGCCCUGUGGAUAACAAUGUGUUGUCUAAAGAUGUGUCACAAACCACCUCACUGCCAGGUACUGUUGCCACAGAUAAGAUGGGUGAACUGCCAUCUGUUGGUUCUGUGAAACGUGCUGGUGUCAUGGAUUUUCAAAGCUCUGUACCAUUGCUAGAUGCAAAGGCUCCAAUUCCCCUGGCAGGACAGAAUUCAAAAAUGUGGUCACUUGCAGGACCAAGUGCUUUGUCUGCUGUGUCGACCACAGGUUUGAAUGGUUUGUGGUCAGAUCCAGUAGACAUGAACAGUAGCUCUUUGAACCCAUGGAUGGGCUCACUGGAGAGCAUGCCAGCAAAGAUUGGGGGAAGCAGUGGAUCAACUUACACACAAAGUCUUUCUGGCAGCAUAUAUGGCAGUGAUUCCACGUAGUGUGGACCUAAUCUUCCUUUCUAGUAACGACUGUAUUUGUCUCUAUUCAUUCUUGUGAAAGCUACAUUGUCAUACUGUUUGUGAAUCUCAUACUCAUAUUCAUUUCUACUCAUUAAUUGAAUUGCUGGCCAAUGUGCUGUGUUGUUUUUUGUUUCACUAAACUGGUCAACCUGUUGCACACAUUUUUUAUUAACACCAAGUAAUAUCAAUUAAUCAUUCAAUUUUCAUGAGAAGUUGCCAUCUUUGUGUUUAAUGGAUUUUUUCUAACUCAUUUUUCAAUUUCUGAAGUGAUUUAAACAACUUUGGAUGAGCGCUUGCUCCUUCUUUGUCAUUCAGCAUCAA